UUAUUGCCUCGUGCACCUUGCUGAAGGUGGCGUAGAGUUUCACUGGAGACAGAGACAGAGUUUAGAGGCUCAGAGAGACGGGAGGUGAGACAGUGGGAUGGCCAGCCUAUCACCACCCUUCAACUUCUGCUUUCUCUCUGGCUCAGCGUCCUACACUGUGCUUCUGAUGCCAUUCGGCUCCCUCUUCAACACAUGUGCGUGUCCAUGUGUCCACAGACGACUGGCAGCACUCGCUGAAGAACAUCAGAACCAGGGCUGAGAUGUGGGUACGUGUAAUUGUGACCUCUGUCCUUCUUCUGUCAGGAGUCGGUGAAGGUAAAUGGCUGGUGUAUUUCUCUAGGACAGACAUCUGCGUUUGGGCCGGGACCACAGUAACUCUGCCGUGCCGCUACGAUUACCCCUCGCCCUACAGCUCUACGCAGGUCAUGUGGUUUCACAUCUCUGCAGAGGGCAGACGGGAUGUUGCCUACCAUACUGAUGGGAAUCUGUUGAGCCCCUCGUACAGGGACAGGAUCAAAUACAUGGGGGGCCACAAAAGAUGCAGUUUGCAGAUCACGAACGCGAAGCUGAGCGAUGCAGGAACGUACCAUUUCAGAUUCGAGACCGACAACCAGCAGGGCCGAUGGACCUCUCCUGAUGCCAUCACACUGUCUGUCACAGAGCUUCAGGUUCAUGUACAUCCACCGAGAACAGACAACAUGUUUGCUGCUGGAGAGACGGUCUUCCUGAGCUGUGUGGCCCGAGGCUGUGCCGCUCCUGGCAGGAACUUUGCCCUUUAUCGGAAUGGGAUCAACUUGGGUCAGUCCAACAAGCUGUCAGCCAUCUAUAACUUUGACAGUCAGCAUGCAGGUACCUACACCUGCCGUCCAAUACCCCCUCAAAAUGUUCAGUCACCAGGAGUCACCCUGGCUCUUGGAUAUGCUCCUCGCUACACCACAGUACAAAUCACCCCUCGAGAGGCAGUCGGGGAGGGCGAUUCGGUGACUUUGACCUGCAGUAGUGAUGGAGCUCCGCCAGCAGAAAGUUUCACCUGGUUUAAAGAAGGAGAGAGUGGCAGUUUGCCAGACAGCUUUAAACCUGAGCUGAGAUUGUGGAGUUUGGACUACAGGGACCAUGGAGAAUACUUCUGUGUGGCCCGCAACCCACUCGGCACAGACCGGUCCAGACCGCUUUUACUCAAUGUUACAUAUGCCCCCAAAAACACCUCUGUGCUGGCUCGGCCUUCCACUGUGAUCGAAGCGGGCAGCUCGUUGACGCUGACCUGCAUCAGUCAGGCCAAUCCGGCAGUGGAGAACUACACCUGGCACCGGAUCAAUGCGGCUGACGCCUGGGAAACUCGAUCGGGUCCCAGCUACACCAUUGCUGAGGUCAGCCCUGGAGCCAGCGGCCAGUACUACUGCAAGGCCCGCAACCGCAUCGGAGCACACAGCUCCGCAGUUCUGACGGUGAAAGUUCGAGGCCGACUGAAGGUGAUCGCAUUGGCAUCUGCAGUGGGCGUUUCUGUCGGAUUAAUAUCUCUGACCGUGGUCGUCAUGAUCAGUAAAAACAUGCAUCGCGUGGACACUGAAAAUCUUGAGGAAGAAAAACGGUGUUCACCAUUAGUUGACUUGCCAGUGGACAAUACUCUGUUUAGUGAAUCAACUUCAGAGACGUUUCUCCUCAAGAGCACAAAAAUGUCAGACAUUCCGGAAGAGCCAGAGGAGAUUUAUGAAAGUAGCCACCCUUCCAUCGUGCCCCUGAAAGAAGCCGCUCAGAGCACUGAGGAACAGGGAAAAAUCAACUACAUUACGGUGCAUUAUUCUCACAUGCCCAGUCGGGACCAGGCGAAGGUCACAAACAUUCCUCUAGAUGGAGACAAGAAGCUCAAAGAUGGUCCUAAUGUUGUUAUUCUCGCCAAGCAACCGAGAGUGGAGAUGGAAGAAUCUGGAGUCUAAAGCGGUCAACUGAUGGAAGAAAUUGUAAAACCACACAGGGACUUUUUUUUAAAAUUAUAUGCACUUAUGGACCACUUGAUGUAGCCUGAAUGUCAGAGACUUGAAAAAGUAGAAAAAAUCCCCACUGUUCUUUUUAAUUGUGUCCAGCUGCAGUUUGCCCUAAUAAAAUCCAGCUGUUUAAAACGACACGCUACUGUU